AGACGUGGUGGCGGCAUGUCACGGCAACGGAGUAGUCAUAUUAAUUGAACCCAAGUGUUGUAGCUUAAGCGACACUGUCGUCACGAUGUGUUUGGUUCUAAUAAGUACGAGUCGCAUUAUCCAGACUCGUGUAUAAGGUGCACUGCGCUAAUAGACGUUUAUGUACCAUACCGAAAACGUUGGCCCGGCUUCGGUGGCGGGUUCCCGUGGCUUGGCCCGUUUUUUAAGAUUACUGGAAAUACUCCAGUUCAACUGACAUUGUUGGCUCUUUUUCUGUGUUGUCUGUUUGGAAAUAUCAAUGAAAGCUUCAGAACUGGAAACAAAUUAGGAGUGCAAUAAUAAGGUAACAUACAUCACUAUGCCAGGAAAAACCAAAGGCGUGAAAAAAUCACCAAACAAAAAGAAGAAAACCCCAGAAAAAUCUGCGGAGAAAAGUCCGAAGAAAUCACCAAAUAAAAAGAAAGUCAGUCCAGGAAAUUCUCCGAAGAAAGGGAAUAAAGGUGCAAAGAAAGGAAGGGGUCGCUCAAAAUCUCCAAAAAACAAAGGCAAAAGAGGAAGGUCUAAAUCACAGGAAGAGCCAGUUCAAGCGCAGCCGCAAAAUGGAGCUCAGGAGGCAAAGGUUCUUCCCGAACCACCACCAGGUGUUGUUCCUCUUUUUCUCACUACACAAACCCAACAAAUUUUCCAAAUUCUUGCUGAUGUAAAUGUUACGAGAGAAUCACCUAAUGUUCUUUUGGACAAAAAUGCUCUUCUGGAGGAUAUCAAUCAAAGAAAGGCUAUCUCGGAUUUUUUUCCAAUUAACGAGGUGAUAGUUGCGUAUCCCUCGGAUGAGUUUCUUGUCGUUUAUGAUGCAGAUUUUCUUUAUGGCGAAAACUUUUUUGCUUGCGCCACAGAAGAAGCGAAAACAAAUGUCUUGUUUCCCCCCGAUGAGGAAGAAGAGGAGGAGGAUCCAUUCGCCCUUCCUGACAUUCCUUACAUCCCUCCUGAACCGAAGCCAUGGCAAAACUUAGGGAGCGACAUGGAGGUUGUCGAUGAAACCGUGUUUGAAUGCCGCCCGAAAGUCAAACUCACAAUCAUGAAGUCUCGUCGUCAUUUCGCCGAGAAAUGCAACUUCAGCAACCGCGAUGCUGAUGCCGGGAAAGACACGUACCAGGAAUGUCUGCCUAAUUACGAGCGCAGGAAUGUGGUGUGCCAGAAAGAACUCGACAAGGGCACGCAAGCAGUUCCUGCUGAAGAAGUAAAAUCCAUUCAGACGGAAUACCGAAAACCACUUAGGCAAUGGUCACAGUAUGUUGCCCGCGAACUAUCAGAGGAAGACAAAGGAGAUGUAAUGGAAUCAGACGUCAUUGAUCAGUUCGUGAAAGAUGUUACUCCAGUUAUGGAGGCGGCACUACAGCAGAACGAAAUCAUAGAUGUCUUUCGAAACGACUGGGUGAAACUAAACCCUAGUAGGUCUAUGAUGACUGCGCAGCAAGACUCGUACCUGAAAGAGUAUCAGUCGUUCCAGGAUCUUCACUACAGCAAGGACAAGCAAAUCAUUUGUGACGAUUGGCAUACGACUAUCCCAGGGUUGGUUGGUGUCAGCUGUGUGGAGCAGAUGUCAUUUGAUGUACGCCUGCGGAAUAUGUCCCGAAUUAUGAUUGUUCCAUCACUGGUUCUGCUCUGGAACUAUCAGGAUCCAAUCCACCCGAGAUUGCUGCUGGAAGCACCUGAUGAUUGUUUUAUUUUCCGCUUCAAUCCCGUGAACCCGAACCUUGUGGCGGGUGGGUGCAUGAGCGGUCGCAUUGUCUUGUGGGAUCUCACCCAGUACUAUGGGAAAUUGGCGAUGACAGAAAGCACGAUUCAGAUCAAGAAACUAGCUUUUCUCAGUAAUUUGGUGGAAGACACCGAAGGAAAGAUACCUGUAGUGCAACCAGUCGCCACCACACACACCGACUUUGGUCACCCGUCGUGUGUGACCGAUCUCCAGUGGCUGCUACCGCCAUACAUUAUUGACAAACAAGGCAAGGUGAUUGAAGACACUACCAAGUCCGAUGAGGAAUGCCACCAGAUCAUGUCCUGUGCCGGUGACGACUACUUCUUCGUUUGGGACAUUUUCGUGCAGAACACUCGAAGGGCUCACCUCGGUGUAAUACCCGACGUGGGUAGUACCGAAAUUGGGCAUUGGCAGCUCCUGGACCACAACUGGCGCCCUGUUGUUCGCAUUAACCUGCCAAACCGCUCCGAUGGGACACCUUAUAGUCUAAACCAGUUCCGUGUACGGUGCAUUGCAAAAGAACUCAAAGAUGACGAAGGGGAAGAAGCUGAAGAGCCUGAAGAAACAGAACAGAAAGAGCAAGUUGCCCAGGAAGCCCCAGAAGGUGCUGCUAAGAGCCCGCUCAGCUUAUAUGCUGGGACACAGGCGGGGGAGAUUCUCUUUUUUGAUCUCAGAGUAAAAAGAGAUUCCGACACAAACAAGACGAUAGUAUGUGAGCUUGAAGAGCAGCAGAUUCAUGCUGAACCGAUCAGAUCCAUUUGCAUCUCUCCAUUCUUUGACGACUUGGUGUUGACCGUCGGUGGAUUUCGGUUUGCGGUGUGGAAGGUUGGAAUCAAGCACAAGCCUCUUAUGGUGUCAGCCCAAGCCCCAUCCCGACGCACCAGCGGAGUAUGGUCGUUGACACGGCCUUCUGUGUUCUUCAUUGGUAGACAGCAGGGCUCGAUUGAAGUCUGGGACAUGCUGGAUCGGGCCCAAGAGGCUCUGCUCACACAGAGUCUGUCAGGUGUAGAAGUGACAACCUUGAGCUUACGAAAGCUAGGUCGUCGUCAAGUGUUGUCAGUCAGCGACAACUCAGGAAACCUCCACCUGCUGGAGGUGCCCCUGAUACUAUCGCAAAUGGAGGGAGAUGAAAUGAAAAUGCUGGAGAAUUUAUUUGCCCGCGAAACAUUGCGCCAAGAAACAGAAGCCAAGAACAAGGAGGAAGAGAGGAAAAAUGCUGAAGAGGAAGACAAGGAACCAGCUUCCGCGCCAGAAAACGUUACUUCUCUUCCACCCGUGCCGCCACAGCGAGGGGUACAAACCCCAGAGGACUUAGCUCAAAUGGCAGAGGUAGAGUACGAAUCAAAAUCGGUGUACGAGUCAUACUUGCUGUUUGAAAAGAAGAUGUUGGAUAAGUUGGAAGGAAAGGAAACAUCAGACAUUGAUAUCACUGCACUUCAAAGUGCAGAGAAAUGAUGAGCUUUGUCAGCAGGUCUGCGUUGUGUGCUUGCAUACGCUUAGUUUGCCGGGCGUUUAAUUCAACAACGUGUGCCAGCCACAGAGAUACUGUCAGCACGAAAGCUGGAGCAAUAUAAACUUACCUUGCUAACGAACCUUCAUCUUGUAAAAAACAUAAUCGUCCGUCUUCGGAUGGCUUACUUACUCAAUAGUUGUUAGUGUUUUGGGGCGUAUGGAACUUGUGGUUGCAUGUUGAUCAGUUUUGGUGGUGAAAUGACUAUUGCACUAUCAAAUGCUACAGGGACGUAGAAAUACAUACAUGUUUGUUUUU